GCCGUUUGAUGGCCCGAAACUAAACAGAAUGGCGGCGCUCACCGGAGCGACCGGCUGCCCGUUGAGUUAAAGCCAUAACGGUCAAUACUCUCGUCUUCUGAGGCUGAAAACAAUCAUAUAGCAAAUAAUGGACACCGUAGGAGAGGACGAACCGGACCCUAUAAAGCUCAAGUCCAUCAAGAACAAUAAAACCUUCACAGUGCCUCAAAAUGAUAGGUUUGGGAGCUGCAGAAGUGUCAGAGAGUUUGAGAAACUCAACCGCAUAGGAGAAGGAACUUACGGCAUUGUGUACCGAGCCCGGGACACCAAGUCAGAUGAGAUUGUCGCAUUGAAGAAGGUCCGGAUGGACAAAGAGAAAGAUGGGAUCCCCAUCAGUAGCCUCAGAGAGAUCACCCUGCUGCUGAGACUGAGACAUCCCAACAUAGUGGAGCUGAAAGAAGUGGUUGUUGGCAGCCAACUGGAGAGGUGUCCGUCCCAGGGUUUCUCUCAGCUGCCACUCAUCGGUCAGUACAGUCUGAGGAAGCAGCCGUACAACAACCUGAAGAAUAAAUUCACCUGGCUGUCGGAUGCUGGACACAGGCUGCUCAACCUGCUCUUCAUGUACAACCCACAGCGCAGAGCUACUGCCAAAGACUGUUUGGAGAGUUCGUACUUCAAAGAGAAACCUCUACCCUGCGAGCCAGAGCUGAUGCCAACCUUCCCCCACCAUCGUAACAAGCGGGCCGCUCCUCCGGCGGAGAGCCACUCAAAGCGGGCCAAAGUGUGAUGAAGAUGAAAAUGGCGAUGAGACAUUUAAGUCAGAGACGAGCCUGUGGCGGUGGCAUUCUCAGAAAUGUGCAUUGAAAGAAUGGAUGUUAGUUUCUGUUCACACGUGGGACUAGGAUUUGCUUGUGAGGUUUUUAAUUCUGUGGCACAGAUUAAAACCUUGAACUGUUUACACAGAACUCGUUCAGUAUAAUGUUGCAGAGACAAUGUGGUAUUUUAAAAAGGCUGUAACUGCACAUUAUAGACACAUGGAUGCAGUGGUUUGCAGCACUGUGUGUUAGUAUUUGUUAUUAUUCAUAUUGCUGCCAAGGUGAAGGAAAUGAGGACGAAACUGCCUUGACAAAUAUGCCAAGGCUGUGUCCAUGUGUAGAGCAUGUCACAUUUUGCUUGAGCGCUGCACACAGGCCUCUUAGGAGUUUUUUAACUGUAUUAGAGAAAAUAAGAUUGAAGUAGAAGAAUCUUGCCUGAAAGAUUUUGUGAAAAAAUAAAUGGAACGGGAGCUUUAAGAUCUCAGGUUUGAUCCCCGCAAACCAUCAGUAUGUGUUGCUGACCAGCUUUGUGUCCUGUCCAAGUGUCCUUGAGGUAAAAUACUGUACCCAAGAAUCUUCUCGCUUCCAGUAAGUUGUUAUAGAUCAACAUUUUGGGAAAUACGCUUAUUCACUUUCUUAUCACUUGGUUUGUGGAGUACCGUUUUGAAGCCUCGAGUUUGGCAUUAUGGCUGUCACCAUGAGUUUUUCAGAGGUAACAGCGGUGACGCACUUCGCUUAGUUUCAACUCGUAUGUAACAGGAAACAAUGCUCACUGUCAAUCCCAAGGUAGCCCUGCCAUGGUCUAUUAUACUCUA